AAAGGACGAAACAGAGAACAAGCAGUGGAGGUAAAAACAAAGAAAGCCAUUAGUGGAGAUAAAAUAGUUCCUGUCCUGCUGCCUCCCCAUCAAAACUCUUCACGAUGUCACUCACCUAACAAUCUCUUCUGCAGUCCAAUACUUUUUCCUCCCAUCAGCAUAUGUGCAGUCAAGGUCAAUACGAUUCCCUUAGGCCCCCUUUCCUUGAAAGUCACCGGUGACUUUUGUUUUCAAUCAAGCCAGACCUGAAGGCAUGUGCCCCAAGACCAAGCAAUUAACUUCAAAAUUAAAUGAAUAAAACUCCAAAUUUCCAAUUCCAUGAGUCCAUUAUCCAACAUAUUUAUUCACAAUACUUCUGAGGAAGCCUUCCAUCGCUUGCCUUCGGCCGUUACCUUCCACCUUCUUCUCCUUCAAGUUUCAUUUCCUUUUUUAAAGAAUCAAGCAAACUCCUUCCUUUCUCACACACCCCUUUCUUCCAUGGCUUCAUUCGUUGAGUUCUGAGUAGAAACAUAAAACUUCCUUUUCUUCUUCUUCCUCCUCUUCUCCAACUUCAAUGGAUCAAGGCUCCAUGGAUGUAUUGUGUUUUGAAGAUGAUAACAACCAUUCAAGCUCCUCCUCUGGAAGCCUUCCUCAGAAGCCAUUCAGUGGAUACUGGAGCUCUUUCUCUAGCAUGGAUGACAACUAUGUUGCAGGAAUUUGUCAUGAAGAAGUAGUUGAUCGAGUUGAAUUAGGCGACACAGAUCUUCUCAACUCAUCUGCAGUGGAGAUUCAGGAGCAGCUUAAUGAGCUCGACAUGCUUAUGGAUUCAACAUCUCAAGUAUCUGGGGACAUUUUACAACAAUGCCAAAAAGGGAAUUUUCAUCAAUCAAAUUUGUUCCAUCACCCACCUCUUCAAAUUCCCAAUGAACAAUCUCAGCUUCCAAGCAACACAAGCUGCUCUUUUGAUGCAAGUUCCUCAAAUUAUAUGAUGAUUGAUCAACUGAUGUUGCCCGCAUCAAAGGAAAAACAACAAUCAUUUUCAUUAGCCUCAAUGGAGGAGAUGGCACUCACAAGAGCUAUGCUCUCCGUCAUCUCUUCUUCUUCUUCUUCGUCAUCAUCAUCAUCAUCACCGGCAACAACAUCAUAUCAGAAAGCUCAGACAUAUCAGAGCCAAGCAAAUUACUGCCCACCAAUGAGUUCUUUCCAGCCUUAUAGCUCUUUGAAGCCUCCAAUAAAAGAGAGUCAUAAGAAUUUGCAUGGCCAAAAUAUGAUAAAGAAGGCACACAAUAUGUUGAGAAGUGUUAACAUGUUGAAAGAUGAAGGUAAAAUGGAAGAAACACCGCCAAGUGCUUAUCAAAUGCAACAUAUGGUAUCAGAGCGAAGGCGUCGAGAAAGGCUGAAUGCUAGUUUUCAUUCUCUUUGGCAGUUGCUUCCUCCUGGUUCUAAGAAGGACAAGACAUCUGUGCUCUGUAAAACAGUGAGCUAUGUAAGAACAUUGAAAGAUGAAAUAUAUGAUCUUGAGGAGAAGAACAGAAUCCUUGAGGAAAAUUUGCUUCGAAAUACUGAUGUUAAGGAAAAAUCCAAACCAUCUGAAAGAGUAGAAGUUCAGAUCAAUAAAUCUUCUGAAAAAACUACAGCAGAAAUUCAGCAAAUAGAGCUUGUCAUAAUGGUGAGAGUUCAAUGUGAUUUGAUAAGAGUAGUUCUCCAAGUUCUUGAAUGCAUAAAAGCUAUGAAGGCUAUCAGCCUGUUGUCCUUUGAUACUAUUCCUAACUCACAGCAAAUGAAACUAUUGGCAACUCUGAAACUGACCAUAGAGGGUUCCACUUGGGACGAGAGAACUUUCAAGGAAGCCAUAACUGGAGCAGCUGACAUGGCGCUGACAAUGACUGCUUAAUCCUUCCCUGCCACAUUAAAAUUUCAAUUUUUGUUUUUCGUUUUAUUUUUUAUUUUUAUUUUAAUUUUUUGUGAAUUAAAGGAGAUUUGUUCAAGUUAUCUCUUCUCCCUUAAUUAACAGUGUUUAUGCUUUUUAGCUUUGCAUGUGAAAAAGUCUGGAUCAGGAUAUCUGAUUUAGGCUUUGUUUGGG